CGGGCGGCUCUUUGGAUAUCCUGGGUAGAGGUGGCAAACUUUACAUGUAGUCUAGAAUAGAAGUUAAGUCACAGAUAAUACCUAUCAACACGCGACAAUCCUGAUAAAUGUAUCUAACUCCAGCAAUUUGCACUAAAAUCCACAGAAAGCUGGUUUUCUUUCUUUAGUCUCCCCUCGCCCUGUCUAAACAUGGAUUCCAGAUACAUUUUGGAGCAGCCGGCCGUUGGGACAAGGGUCGGUGGUGCGGAUUUUAACUGCCGAGCCGGCCACUCUGUGCUCCGCGACACCCGGGAUAAAAACGGUCACACGCCGGUGUACACAAAAGGGCCGGUGUUUUACAAAUUUGUGAUGGACGAUGGCUCGAUUGCGGAGGUUAAAGGCGAGCGGACCUCUCCAAAAGGGAACCGACCUUCUCCGGGGGCUCGAAUAUUGCACGACGUGGAAAAAACUGGCUUCGGGGACCAAAAAGACACUGGUUCCUCUGGGAUCUUGAAGAGGGCCAGUCCUACUCACUGCCCAGGCGUAAACGGGCAGUCGACAGGCGGCUUCAUGCACUUGGACAUCAGGAACCCAGGGAAACAGGCAGAGCUGGCCAACAACUUCAGGGCAGCACCAGGGCGGAACGUACCACCAAUGGAGAGACAACCCCUCCCUUCCUCCCACAUCCCUGUCCCCAGAAACAGGAAGCCCUCAGGUCACGCUGAUAAGGAGGUGAUGGCUGCCACCGUCCUGACCUCACUCUCCACAUCCCCUUUGGUGCUCUAUCCUUCCUCUGCAGCCACAGUCCCAGAGCCAGCCAGCAGGGCUUGGAAAGAGGUGCUAUCAGACAGCUACAGCAGCUCGACCAGUGGCAACUGGAGCUGGGAUGCCAGCGACCAAUCAGUGCCCUCCACACCGUCCCCGCCGCUUUCUAACGACAACAACAAGAACUUCAUGCUCUCGUCCCAGGGCGAUGAUGUCAUUGAGGAUGUCGCUGAGAGCACGCACUUCAUGUUUGAGGACCCCAUACCUCGGAAGCGAAAGAACUCAAUGAAGGUGAUGUUCAAGUGCUUGUGGAAGAACUGUGAAAAGGUCCUCAGCACCUCCUCAGGGAUCCAGCGACACAUUCGCACCGUCCAUCUGGGGCGAAACAGCGACUCGGACUACAGUGAUGGAGAGGAGGACUUUUACUACUCAGAGAUUGAGGUCAACAUGGACAGCCUAACGGAGGGCUUGUCCAGCCUCACACCCACAUCCCCCACCACGGCUGGCCCUCCGCCCGUCUUCCCUCCACCGCUUACCGCUGUCCCUCACUCCGAACACAUCAGUAUGAACGGCUCGCAGAGCCACGCCCCGACAUUGCUUAGUCAGUCUGCUCCCUCCACGCUCUGCCACAUUCGCACUGACCACGCCUACCAGGCCACUGCUCCAGUGAGUAUCCCAGUGGGUCCUGAGCUGGCUGGGUUAGGCAGUGGUAAUGGGACCGGGCUUGGAAUUGGGACUGGGAACGGCAUCAGUGUGUCGUGGCAAUCCCCUCCUGUCAUUUUCAAAGGCGUCCCGGGGCCUGUGACUCACAUCCGGACAGUGAGCAUAGGUGAAAAGCGGCAGCCGGCAGCUAGCACGCAUGCCACUGUUAACAAGAGCCAUGCUUUAAUAACGCCGGCACUGAAAUCUACACCUGGAACCAGGAAACCCCGUGGGGAGGCGAAGAAGUGCCGAAAGGUGUACGGCAUGGAGAAGAGAGACAUGUGGUGCACAGCCUGUCGCUGGAAAAAAGCCUGUCAGAGAUUCACCGACUAAUCCAGUCCCCCCCUUUCUUUAUUGUGAGAUGAGCUCUUCCUCACUCGGAGUGACAGCUGUAGGUGGACUCUUCCACUGAGGAGACGAGGGGAGAUUUCUCCACCACGGAGCUCUCAGUGCUGCUUCCUCCAGCCCAGCAGGGGGUUCACCUUCUCUCUUUUCCAUUUCCAAACACAAAGAGAAAAUAAAACUGGUGGGUAAAAACAAAACAAAAAAAAAAACUGUGCAACU